AUGUCUCAAACCGUUACCUCUGUGGCCUCGAACCCAACGAUGAUGGUUGGGGACCAAUCCCUGAAUUUGGCCGAUCUCGAUGUGAUCCGAUAUGGGGAACUCGUGAAAAAUGAUCCCUCCGAAAUGGCGAAACUCUUGAAAGCUGCAGAGACGAAGGGAUUUUUCUAUCUCGAUUUUCCGGACGAGAUUUCUCCAACUCUUACCGGCUAUCUCCAAACUGCGUAUCGGAAUUGCCAUGAGUUCUUUAAUAAAUCCAAAGACGAGAAGAUGCUCGCUUUUAGGGAGGGCAUAGACAGGGGAUACAAGUCGGGUGGUGUGGAAUCUUUCGAGAUUGCGCGAGAUGAGCAAAGCGACAUCGUUCUCCCAAUGCCAUUCGCAAAUCAUCGUGAGGCGACGUUAGAACUUGCCAAUUUGUGCAACGAGAUUGUUCGGACAUGUCUCCGCAAUCUCGUCAAUGGUCUCGGCUCGUCAGAAUUCUCGAUCUUGGAGGACGAUCAUCACCCAGACAUACAAAGCGACUCGGGGAUCAAGUUUGUGUCUGCUCCAACAAAGCCACUUGCGGCCGAUAUGCCAGACACCACCCAUACCGACACCGGCUCGAUCACCCUACUGUGGUGUGAGAAGUGGGCAAGUCAAAUGCAGUCCAGAGAAAGCAAAGAAUGGCUGUGGAUCGAACCCAAAGCUGACUGCGUUCUGGUCAACAUUGCGGACCAUGUUCAAACCCGAACUAAUGGCCGUCUGCACUCGCCGGUGCACCGUAUCAGCCAGCCAGGCGAUGGUGAAGAGGAGCGCUUGUUUGUGUCGUAUUAUUUGAGACCUAGUAAGGUGAACUGA